AUGCCAAUAAAACCUUUGAAACAAGUAUGGGAUUAUCAAACCAAAAGUUAUGUUCAGACUCUAAAAGGUCACACACAAUAUGUAUAUGUUGUAUGCUUUGAUCCUGAACCAUCUAUAAUCAUUACUGGCUCUGAGGAUGGCACAAUGCGCAUUUGGCAUUCAACAACUUAUAGGCAUGAGAACACAUUGAACUAUGUUCUUCAAAGAGUUUGGGCACAGGUGGGGAUAUCAUCUGGUGCUGCUGCAGUUAACAAAGUUUUCUACAUCAGUCGAAAAAGGACCAUUGUAGAACACAUGACAAACUACAUCGGUCGUAAAAGGACCGUCGUAGAACACGUGAUAAACAAAGUCAUUCCUACGACAGCACCGAUGCAGAAAGUACUACUUUCUGCAUCGGUGCUGUCGUAG